UAAUUCAGUGUUUUUAACUAGUGAUUUACACAUUUCUGACAAUGACAAGAGGAGUGUUCUGUUUAACAGCACUGGCAUUACAAUGAAGCUGCCACUGACUUUAAAUGUCUACUAAAAUAAUAAUCAUUACUUGUCUUGCGAUGUGAUUAUUACCUUCAUGUGAAGCUGUAGCUGUCUGUCUUAAGUUUAUGAUUGUCUAUUACAAGCUCGCCUACGUAUGAUUGUUAGCUUCCAGUAACGUUGACUGGUACCUUGACAUGCCAACAAUGCUUUGAUGAUAGCCUGGUAAGAAUAGCUCUCUCCACAGGUCCUGGCCUCUGCAGACAAGAGUGUGAAGCAGUAAGAAAAUAUUAGAGGUGACUGUAUUUAGUGGCAAGCUGUGAGGGGCAGCACUGUAGUUCUGGGACAGUGUUGACGGGGACAGGAACUCCUUCCCUCUCUUUGUUUUAAAGAAGCUUUUUGAGUUUUGGGGUUGUUUUCUUAUGGGAUCAGGGUCAGCGCUCAACAGUGAGGAAGAUGGGAGCGAUAGAUCUACUUUUCACCACUGUCAGUCACAGCGUCUCCUUUAUGGGUAAAACCUGGUGGAUGUUGAUGCUGGUUUUACGUCUGCUGGUCCUCCUGCUGGCUGGCUUCACCCUCUUCAGUGACGAGCAGGAAAGAUUUAUCUGCAAUACCAUCCAGCCAGGCUGCUCUAACCUGUGUUUUGACGCAUUUGCUCCUGUAUCCGUCUUCCGUCUCUGGCUCUUCCACCUUAUUCUGCUCUGCCUUCCCCAUGUGCUGUUUGUAACCUACGUCAUGCAUAAAGUUUUGUCAUAUUCCCAUUCCGGAGGUUUCUACUGCGACAGGAGCCGAGGUGGUUCACCUUUCACCCUUGAGAACUCGAGCUCCUCAAGAGAACAGUCCUUGCAUAAAGCUCCACUUCACUACCUCCCACGUGAAUGGGUAUUGCCGCGCUUCUACUGCGCUUACUUACUGGUUGUAAUUCUACGGAUCCUUCUAGAAGUGGUUUUCGGUGCUGGACAGUUUUUUUUCUUUGGUUUGUCCGUUCCUAAGAGCUUCCUCUGUUACGAAGCUCCCUGCACAUCUGGGGUCGAAUGCUACAUCUCCAGACCAACUGAGAAGACCUUAAUGCUCAACUUCAUGCUGGGUGUUGCCUCCUUGUCCAUUCUGCUAAGUCUGGUUGACCUGGUGAGCUCCAUGAAGGCGAUGGUGAGGUGGAGGAGGAAGAGAGAGAUGUUAAUGGAGGAGAUGAAUAAAGGAGAGCAGAGCAGUAUGUUUACAACAACUACGACUGAAGACAGUGAUGUUCUUUUAACCAGAAGAACCAGCCUGAGUGGAGGCUCAAAGAAUGGUCUCAAAGAUGAAAAGCAUGCUGUAGCUGUUGUGCAAAAUGGUGAACCUCUUCAUGCAAAUGUGAAUGGUGGAACCAUAAUUAAAACUGCUCAAUCCACUAAUGACAAGAGGCCAGAAAGCAAAGAUGCUAAGUUGGACACAUCUCGGUCACCCACUCCCAUGAGCACUCCGGUGCCAACUCACUUUGUCCUCCAUAGCCACCUGAGACCUCCACUGUCCCCUCGCCCCGACACAGGACCACCACCAAACCCCAGGGUGCCAACACCUAUGGGUGUCAAAAAGCCCAGCCAGUACGCUCCAGUUGGGGCAAACUCAGGCCAACAGUCUGAUGGCAGUGACUCUCAAGACAAGAGGGCAUGGGUGUGAUUGACUGGUUGCCAGUUAUUGGUUAGUUAUUGGAUAAAAACUGCUGUACCUUUAAAGGACUUUAACUAUAUUUAAGCAUGAAUUUAUAAAAGGAGUUGAUGCACUAUAAAGGAAGGUUUGCUACAAAUUUUAAAGCUGCACUAAUGAAUAUUUUUUAUUAUUUUGUAUAAUGAGAAAGGUCUUGCAAAUAGUGACAAACCCACAAAUUCAUUCACUCACUGUUUUGGAAUUACAGAGUGAAAGUUAAGUAAGUUUUCUUAAACCAAUAUUAAUAAGUCAAUCAGACAAAACAACAUUUAGCUAGUAAGCUGGAUAGCUUAGCAAGCUAAAGAGAUUUUUCUCAGGAGUUGGUGGAGACCAAAACAGACCUGAAAGGAGAGCGAGUAUUUGAGGUACUGGUGGCUAGAAAAAUGACCUCAAUAGUAAAGUUGCAUAAUGUCUGCUAGAUAUAUAAAGUUGCUAUGGUGAAUAGCAAACCAUUGCCUAUGAUGAGUGUAAGUCAUUACAUGUUUUCAGCUUGUUCCACUGCCAUCAAGUUCUCAAAAAGUCAAUGAAUGCAUAUUUACUUUACUUAUCUUAGAUUAUCACAAAAAACUUUUUAAAUUGUGCAAACACCUCAAGGACUCAUGAGAGUCCAGUCAAGAGACUGCAAAAUGUUCAUAUCGUAAAAUACAGCUCUACACUUUACACGUUCAACAGUUAAUAAAAAAACAGCCUUGUUUCAAAUCUU